UGCGAGCGCGCAGAGGAGGAGUGGAAUUCGUGUGUGUGCGCGCGCUCCGUGAGCCACGUUUAAAACAGAAUUCCACCUUCUGCUGACACUUCCACCUUCGUCUUCGUCUUCUCGCCAAGGAGCGUAGACCACCAUCGGUCACUGCAGCAGCGGCUCUUGGCUUGCCAUUGAAUGAAGGCGGUCACGCUGUGCGGUGCGCUUCUGGGGCCGUCUGGAACGCCCUUCCUUCCGAUAUUAGCAAGCCACUGAAGCUAUGCACCUUUAAAUUUAGAUUGACAAACUAAUUUAUUUAGAACUGCUUUUCGUGUCUUUAGCUUGUCCCUCCCCAGCGACUACGAUUAGUGCGGUUGGCUACGUACGGUGCGAAAGAAGUUCAACGCACAUGCAUACGGACACUUAAGCAGGACGAACCAGUCGCAGCAAUUUAUGGAUCACGCGCCACACAGGGUUGCAUUACAUCCUGCGGGCAUUCACGCAUUGCAUUUCACGUGUGUGUGUGUGUGGUGUGCUUUCGUCGUCACGAUGUGUUCGCUUUGCAUUAUUCGGCCUCUGCGAGAGUAUGUGAAAGUGGUCACUAAAUCGUAUCCGUGAUACGCGGGUGGCGCUGCGCGGCGGUGUUGAUCCCGACGGGAAGGAGCACGCGGAGUAGCGGGGGAGGAGGAAGCGGGCCGAGGCUAUCAUCGUUGGUGUGACCGCCGCCGCCGGCAGUAUUAUUAUGGUGGUGGUGUUCCACGGCUCGCUCAGGCUGCGCGUGUGUCAGGCGGCCGAGCUGCGACGCACUCCGUGGUCGCUGCGUCUGCAGGGUGGGGGGGCCACGCGCUCUCAGAGUCAGCUCCUGGACCCGUACGUGGCCGUGAACGUGGACGACCGCCGCGUGGGACAAACCCAGACCAGGGCGCGAACUCUGAGCCCGAGCUGGAACGAGGAGUUCGUGACGGAAGUGUGCAACGGACGCAGGAUCGAAUUGGCCGUCUUCCACGAGACGCCCAUCGGCUAUGACCACUUCGUGGCUAACUGCACCAUCCAGUUCGAAGAGCUCCUCCACAAUGGAUGUCGGCACUUCGAGGACUGGGUGGAUCUUGAGCCGGAAGGCAAAGUGUUGAUCGUCAUCGACCUGACGGGAACCGUCGGAGAUGCCCCGAAGGAGAGCGAGCAGGAGGGGCGCGUGUUCACGGAGCGCGUGCGGCCCCGCAAGCGGCAGGGCGCUGUGCGGCGCCGCGUCCACCAGGUCAACGGGCACAAGUUCAUGGCCACGUACCUGCGCCAGCCCACCUACUGCUCGCACUGCCGCGACUUUAUCUGGGGCGUUCUGGGGAAGCAGGGAUACCAGUGUCAAGUGUGCACGUGCGUGGUGCAUAAGCGCUGCCACACGCACAUCAUCACGAAAUGCCCCGGCCUCAAGAAAGAGACGACAGAAGAGGUGGGAAGCCAGCGGUUCAGCGUGAACAUGCCGCACAAGUUCUCCAUCCACAACUACAAGGUGCCCACGUUCUGUGAUCACUGCGGCUCGUUGCUCUGGGGCCUCCUGAGGCAGGGACUUCAGUGCAAAGUCUGCAAGAUGAACGCUCACCGCCGGUGCGAGUGCAACGUGGCGCCCAACUGCGGCGUGGACGCACGCGGCAUCGCCAAGGCGCUCGCCGAGAUCGGCAUGACCCCCGACAAGAUCACACAGAGGAACGUGCGCAAGAAAAAGCUCAGCACCUCGACUCUUCCACGGCCCAGCAGCUGUGACAGAUCCAAGUCGGUGCCCAGCACGCCGAGUGACCAGGGGACGGAGCCGGAGGGCGGGAUCCGCCGCAGCGUGACGUUCCACGCGCGGGAGGGCGAGGGGCUGCCCUCGGAGGGAGAGCCGGACGAGGUGGGCGGCGACAGGGGCACGACGCCGGCCGGGGAGAGGGCGAGAAGCGGCGGGGGCCACGACGACGACGACGAGGGGGAGGAGGGGGGGCUCGGCGGGCAGGGCGGCAGCAACGGCGACGGGCGGCCCCAGCGGCGGCGCAAGAUGGGCAUCGCCGACUUCUCCUUCAUGAAAGUCCUCGGCAAGGGCAGCUUCGGCAAGGUGAUGCUCGCGGAGCUGCGUGGCUCGGAGGAGGUGUUCGCCGUCAAGGUGCUCAAGAAGGAUUCCAUCGUGCAGGACGACGACGUGGAGUGCACCAUGACGGAGAAGCGCGUCCUGGCGCUCGCCAAGAACCACCCCUACCUCACGCAGCUCUUCUGCUGCUUCCAGACCAGGGACCGGCUGUUCUUCGUGAUGGAGUACGUGAACGGCGGGGACCUCAUGUUCCAGAUCCAGCGCUCGCGCAAGUUUGACGAGCCGCGCUCCCGCUUCUACGCCGCCGAGGUGACGUCGGCGCUCAUGUUCCUGCACCGGCACGGCGUCAUCUACAGGGACCUGAAGCUGGACAACAUCCUGCUGGACGCGGAGGGCCACUGCAAGCUCGCCGACUUCGGCAUGUGCAAGGAGGGCAUCGCGGACGGCGCCACCACCGCCACCUUCUGCGGAACCCCCGACUACAUCGCGCCCGAGAUCCUGCAGGAGCUGGACUACGGCCCGUCGGUGGACUGGUGGGCGCUGGGCGUGCUCAUGUACGAGAUGAUGGCCGGGCAGCCGCCCUUCGAGGCCGACAACGAGGACGACCUCUUCGAGUCGAUCCUCCAUGACGACGUCCUCUACCCCAUCUGGCUCAGCAAGGAGGCCGUGUCCAUCCUGAAAGCGUUCAUGACCAAGAACCCAAGCAGACGUCUGGGCUGCGUGGCAUCGCGCGGCUAUGAGGAGGCCAUCAAGCAGCAUCCGUUCUUCCGUGAUAUGGACUGGGACCUCCUGGAGAAGAAAAAGAUCAAGGCGCCAUUCCGGCCUCGUAUUAAAACCAAGAAGGACGUGAACAACUUCGACCAGGACUUCACAAAGGAGGAGCCGGGGCUCACACCCAUCGAGGAGGCCAUCAUCAAGCAGAUCAACCAGGAUGAGUUCAAAGGGUUUUCCUGCAUGGCGGAGGAGACCCUGUCGGUGUGACGGCAAGCCUCUGUAAAUAAGCGCAUGCCCCUUGUACAGCGUGCUCUGCCGGCUUAUUCCACCACCAUCAGUGCGUGGAAUAGCCGACUCACAUCUAAACAGCAACAAAAACAGCAACAUCAAGACAAAAAAACACAAUACGUUUUUAUUCAUUUUCGAAGUGAGUGGCAAAUCUUUGCCAGCGUUGAAUUCAGGUACACGUGUAUAGUUUGUGUCGUAGUUUAGUUGCUGCUGUUGUUGUUGUUGUGUGUUCGAUGGUUUUGUUGCUCGAUUCCUGGAGUUGUUUAGGAAAUGAGGGAGGGGGGGGGAACAAAAAAACAUUUUUUUGUAUUAUAUCGAUUUCACAGACACAUUGACGUCAGUUUUGUCAAAAACAAACCAAGACGGAUCAUUUCGUAAAAUAAAAAAUGACCGAUUGUGUAAGUACCCUUUAGUUAAUAUGAACAUAAAAACCAUUUAUACUUUGAAAAUAUAAACCGUCUGUGCACUGGUUUGUGCAAUACCCGAUGUAUUAUGAUUGGUGGAAUUACUCCUCCAUAACAACUUCCUGCCCUGUUGUUAUUCUACACCCUUACAUGAGCCAUUGGCAUCGCUUGUGCUAUGUGUCUGUGUAUCCGUGCCAAAAUUACUCGGCGCACAUUUUUUAAAUGCAAUGCCACUUGUCAAAACUGUAAGAAUUUUUGGAGUCUGCCAAAUAAAGCCAAGCCGUCACCGCUACCAACGACACUGCUAACGAGGGGCACGGCGAUCGGUUAAUUCAACAAACAUAGAUUUUUUUUUUAGUCUCGCGAUAACGUCCAUGGAAAAUCACAUGGGCGAGAACAAUUUAUUUUGGGUUUUUUUACGCGAAUUAUAUGCCAACAAUUCGCUGCUGUUACGGUUAGGCUGAGGGAGCAAACAAAAAUGUACGGAAGUCAAAGAAAAACAAGAACCAAUACGUAUGAGAAGUUAAAACGAGACCAACAAAAAAAAUGGUUCUUGAAUCAAAGCGUGGUCCUGAAUCGCUUGCUCACGCCACUCCU